AUGGGCGACGGUCUCGAAAAGGUAGCGCAAAUACUGGCUAUAUUAGCGCCCGCGUCAUUGUCAGGAUUCAUUAUUUGCUUCAGUCAUGCCGGCGUACCGACACUUAAUGUGGCACCGAUUGAUGUGCUACUUCGAGAAUUCAGUGUCAUGUACUCCAUAGGCAAAACAACCUCGCCACCAAUCGCUAUGACGGCUGCCCUUUGCAAUGGAUUUCUAGCUCAUAGAUCGCGAAAUACUCACCGGCGGAUUGUGGGGGCCAUUACCCCCUUUGCACUCUACAGCACUGCAGUACUGCUGGUGCUGGCCAUCAUCCCUUACACUCUCUUGGCUAUGGAGCCUCGAGCAAACAAAUUGCUACUGGAUCUUGGCGAUCAGGUAAACAAAGGGCUUAAUACUGAGGUGCUGAAACCGGUAGAGAAGGAUGUGAGAGAAACCUUGAUUGUGUGGAAGGCGAUGAAUGCGAGAAGAGCUUUGUUUGUUGGGAUUGGUGCAUUAUUAACAGCUAUUGCAACCAUUCUUCGCUAG